GCCCUGCUCCGCGGCGGGACAAUCCGGCCAAAGCAUCCCGGCUGCCGCCUCCUUCUGCCUUCGCUCGCCUGCCUGGUGCGGCCCACCGUGAUGGAGGAGGAAGCGGACGCCGAGGAGCAGCAGCGAUUCUCUUACCAGCAGAGGCUGAAGGCAGCAGUCCACUACACAGUUGGCUGUCUUUGCAAGGAGGUUGCAUUGGACAAAGAGAUGUCGUUCAGCAAGCAAACUGUUGCAGCAAUUUCGGAAGUGACUUUUCGACAGUGCGAAAAUUUUGCCAAAGACCUUGAAAUGUUUGCCAGACAUGCAAAAAGAAGCACAAUUAACACUGAAGAUGUGAAGCUUUUAGCCAGGAGGAGUAAUUCACUGCUAAAAUACAUCACAGAGAAAAAUGAAGAAAUUGCUCAGUUUAACCUAGAAAGAAAGGCAAAGAAGAAAAAGAAGUUGGAGGAUGGAAACAAAGAUUCCCGGGAGUCGGCUGAGGCUGACGUGGUGGAGAGUGAGGGUUAAGCCUUCACCACCUGGAAAAGGCAGCUUGCAGCAGGUGGGGCCACCUAGAAGUGAGUGGUGCCACAAAAGGCGUUCUGAAGGGACGACACAACCUUUUGUCCUGCAUUCUGUAAGUUAAGGACAGAGAGCUGGGGAUUCCAGCGAAAUAUUCCCAUGUCUUACUCAAGCACAUGGAAAAGGAUGUGUUUGAGUGCUGUAUCUUGUGACUUAUAUGUACUGCCACUAAUAAAAGUGUGU